AUGUCCGUCUUCAGUUCACCAGUCACGACAGCUACUCCCGACCUGCCGUACCAUGGAAUGCUGCCCAGGGCCGCACCCGCCUCACGGCCAGGCUCCACCUACCAUUCGAGCAGCAGAGACACGAGGUCGGGCUUCACGACGCCGCUACACCUCACAUCGCCAGCGACUCCUACGACGACGCAGCUCAGCGCGCUCGUCGAGGCGGUAGCUGGCAAGGGCUCCAAAUCUGUUCCCGAGACGGGUCCCGCAGCUACGGCUGUGGCAGCCAAGCUGCAACAGUUCGGCGUUGGCAUCGGCCCCGGCGUCAACCCCAGCGUGGUCGCUGGAGGGGCAGACGGAGGAGCGGGCGGCAGCAUGAGCUCCAACAAUCCGCCUAUCGUCAAUACGGGUAACUCGGGUCCGAUGUGCGUCCAGCCUGGCGACUGGCUCUGCGGCACCUGCGGGUUUGUGAAUUGGAGGCGACGAAAGGUCUGCAUGCGCUGCUACCCAUUCGCUGAAGGCAACGAACUGGCCUCGAAUCUCCAGCACGGUGCCAUGCUGGCGGCUCAGAUCGCCGGUGGUCUGGACCCGACCUCUGAGCAGGGCAUUGCUUCUCUCGAGGCCCUGAUGGCGGGGGUGUCGAAGGCCAAAAGCGCUGCCUUUCCUGGGAGUGGUCCCGUCACCGGAUCCGUACCUCGUGAUCCUCACGCCAUCAGCCGAUCUGCGACGGGCAGCCAUCACAGCAGCCCCAUGCCGUUUGCCGAGCGCUCGCCCGCAGGAACCCAGACCGCUUCCCUAUACGGCCAGCUCCCGCGUCACGGCGAGCUGUCCCUCGAGACCCAUUCUGCUCAGGCACUUCGCUCGAGUCCCGCAGGCUUGAGCCUCUCCGGCCAGCUCGGCCGUCCAGGUGUGGAGCCCUUCGACAGCGCACCCCACACCAUCCAUCACCUGCCCGAACCUAUGUCGAUGACGCCGCGCAACGCGCUCUCGAUGUUGCCCCAGCGCCAAACAAUGAUGCGGCCGGACGACCGCGAAGAGACCAACACGAUGCGCUCCAUUCCUAAGCCCAUCGGCACCAAGACAUCAGCGCGACAGCAAGCAUCGACAGAAGACCAGGAGGGCACUCAGGCCUCACCCAUGGCCGAACAAGGCCGCACGGACGUCGGCCUCGCACGUUGA